GAAAGAAUCAUGGAACACAAUUUUCGACCGUCGGAUUAGCGAAUCCCAAAUCCUAGACCGUCGAUGUACAGCAACACUCCUCGGUCAGACCCGUUAUAAAUAGCACAUGAAUUGAAAACCCUAGCUCACACCCAGCCUCCGCAAAUAACGCAGAGGAAUAUCAUUUGAAACUCAAUGGCAGAUCAAAACCAUCAUCCAACUGUCAGGAGGGUAGCUAGCCAGCUACACCUUUCGCAACACGCUCUAGCUCCGAAUGGCGGUCUCAACAAACCUGCUUCAACUCAGAAGCAAUUCAUUUACAGGAACUACACAAACGCAGGGUUCAGCUAUCCAGUGACACAAUCAUUGGUGGCUGCAAAUGCUUCUCCCGUUUUUGUUCAAGCGCCAGCAGAGAAAGGGCUUACUGGUUUCGCUAUUGACUUUCUUAUGGGUGGGGUUUCAGCUGCCGUAUCUAAAACUGCUGCUGCUCCAAUCGAGCGGGUCAAACUUUUGAUCCAAAACCAAGAUGAGAUGCUUAAGACCGGCCGUCUUUCUGAACCAUACAAGGGCAUUGGAGAAUGUUUCAAAAGAACAAUUAGGGAUGAAGGUGUCAUGUCUUUGUGGAGAGGAAAUGUUGCGAAUGUCAUCCGUUACUUUCCUACACAGGCACUUAACUUUGCGUUUAAGGAUUACUUCAAGAGUUUGUUCAACUUUAAAAAAGACCGCGAUCCUUACUGGAAAGUGUUCGGUGGUAACAUCGCGUCUGGUGGUUUUGCUGGUGCUUCCUCUCUUGUCUUUGUAUUCUCUCUAGAUUAUGCUAGAACUCGUUUAGCCAAUGACGCUAAGGCAGCAAAGAAGGGUGGCGAGAGGCAGUUCAAUGGUUUAAUCGACGUUUACAAGAAGACAUACGCAUCAGACGGCAUUGCUGGGUUAUACCGUGGGUUCCCUCUUUCAGCUGCCGGUAUUUUUGUUUACCGUGGUCUGUAUUUCGGAAUGUAUGACUCUCUCAAACCAAUUCUCCUAACCGGAUCAUUGCAGGAUAAUUUCUUUGCUAGCUUUGCGCUCGGUUGGUUGAUCACAAACGGAGCCGGUCUAGCCUCGUACCCGAUUGACACAGUGCGAAGAAGAAUGAUGAUGACAUCUGGGGAAGCCGUCAAGUACAAGAACACAUUUGACGCGUUCAACCAAAUCGUGAAAAAGGAGGGUGUGAAAUCAUUGUUCAAGGGUGGAGGUGCAAACAUCCUCAGAGCUGUGGCUGGUGCAGGUGUGCUUGCCGGUUAUGAUCAGCUCCAGCUUAUUGUUUUCGGGAAGAAGUGGUCUGGUGGAAGCGGUUAAGACUUUGAGAUCAUAAAGUUGCCAUAUUAUGGAUGAUGGUGAUAAAUUUUUGUUUCUUUGAGAUUAAGUUCUGUGUUGGUAAGGAUUAAAGCAUCCUGCGGUACUUUCUUAAAAUUUUGUUUUGCUGCAAUUCGAGGUUUAUUAUUGCAUAUGCCGGAAAAAGGCUCGUUAAUGAAACAUUUCCUUUGGGUUAGAGGCUA